UAUCUAUCUAUCUAUCUAUCUAUCUAUCUAUCUAUCUAUCUAAUUACUCCUGUCACUUCUGAUUUCUAUCUUUCUUAACUCUCUUUCAUUAUCUAUCUAUCCAUACAUCCAUCUAUCUAUCUAUCCAUCUAUUAUCUACCUACCUAUAUGUCUAUUUCUUUAUCCAUCCAUUAUCUGUCUGUCUGUCUAUCUGUCUAUCUAUCUAUCUAUCUCUAUCUAUCUAUCUAAUUACUCGUGUCACUUCUGAUUUCUAUCUUUCUUAACUCUCUUUCAUUAUCUAUCUAUCUAUCCAUCCAUCCAUCCAUCUAUCUCAUUACUCCUGUCACUUCUGAUUUCUUUCUUAACUCUCUUUCAUUAUCUAUCUAUCUAUCUAUCUAUCUAUCUAUCUAUCUAUCUAUCUAUCCAUCUAUCUAUUUUACAUAGCAGCCCAUUUCACAAAAAGUGUAUUUAGGCCGUGUACAUUAUAUCUAUGCUCUAUCUACCUCCCCCUCUCCCAAAAUCUAUCCUUUCAUCAAUUUACCCAUCCAUCUUUCUCUCCACUCAAUAACUAUCUUUCUUUACUCAUCAUCUACCCAUCUCUCUCUGUCUCUCUCUGUCUCUCUCUCUCUCCCUCCCUUUCUCUCUUUCUCAAUCUCUCUCUCGUUUCUCUCCUUCCAGUUUUGCAACCCCAGCCUCGCGUCCCCUUUAACAGCAGCGGAUCGCUCGCUUUUCCCCAGAGCCCCCCUUAGGCGGAGCGGGCCGGAGAGGCGCCGGAGAACUCCAUUUCCCGAGAAGCCUUGCGCCCGGCCGGCUCUUCCCUCCUCCUCCUGCUCCUCCCCCCCCUUCUCCGUCCUCCGGCUCCUCUUUCCAAAUCGAGCUUCCCUCCCACCGCUCACUCGCCUUUACCUUUUCCCCACCGCGAUCUCUUCUCACCUGCGCCGGAGUGACUGCGGAUUGACAGACGGGGGAGAAAAGGUUCUUGGAAACCCAGAUGAUGGCCCAAGCUAAGCAGUUUGCGACAAAUUUUACACAAACCCUAAUCCCUUGAAAGAAGAUUGUUUGAUCUGCUUCAUUUCCAGCUAUGUCGGAACCCAUAACGCUGAACGUUGGCGGGAAGCUCUACACGACGUCCCUCUCCACUUUGACCAGCUUUCCAGACUCCAUGCUGGGCGCCAUGUUCAGCGGGAAGAUGCCCACCAAAAGAGACAGCCAAGGCCACUGCUUCAUUGACCGAGAUGGCAAAGUGUUCCGCUACAUCCUCAACUUCUUGAGAACUUCUCACCUGGACCUUCCUGAGGACUUCCAAGAAAUGGGUUUGCUUCGACGGGAAGCAGACUUUUACCAGGUCCAACCGCUCAUUGAAGCUCUACAGGAGAAGGAACUGGAGCUCUCUAAAGCCGAGAAGAACGCGAUGCUCAACAUCACCUUGGAUCAGAGGACACAAAUCGUUCAUUUCACCGUCCGGGAAGCUCCUCAGAUCUACAGCUUGUCCUCGUCUAACAUGGAAGUGUUCAGCGCCCACAUCUUCAGCACCUCCAGUUUGUUCCUCAAACUUUUGGGUUCCAAACUUUACUACUGUUUCAAUGGCAACCUGGCCUCCAUCACUAGCUACUUGGAAGACCCCUAUCAUGUCACCUUGGACUGGGUGGCUAGCGUGGAAGGUCUACCCGAAGAAGAAUACACCAGGCAGAACUUAAAGAGGUUGUGGGUCCUGCCCACCAAGAAGCAAAUUAACAGUUUCCAGGUCUUUGUGGAGGAAGUGCUGAAGAUCGCCAUGAGCGAUGGCUUUUGCGUGGACUCCUCUCAUCCACACGCGUCAGAUUUUAUGAAUAAUAAGAUUAUACGGCUGAUUCGUUACAAAUAGGCAGAGCUCUCUCGGCAGACGGCCGUCUAUCGUCGCGCUGUUGCGUCGUUGCGUCGUGUCACAAGCUACAGCCUGGAGCUGACUUUGCAAAUCAUGUUCUAAUCCAGACCUGGGUUCUAACUGGAGGUCAGGCUAGUUUUUCACUUAAAAGACUAACCCAGAUUUGCUAAAUUCUGCAAACAGGAAUGUGUUGGAUUUUUGUGUCGGAAUUACGUAGGCCUCUUGCCCCAUAGAAAUUGGUGAUUCACCUUCAGAAGACAUCAUGAGGGAAACCCGCUUAGGGGUUGUCCUCAACUUAUAACGAUUCACUUAGUGACCGUUCAAAGUUACAACAGCACUGGGGGAAAAAGUGACUUAUGGCUGUUUUUCACACUUACGACUGUUGCAGCAUC